UGCAAACAGUUUUACUUGGAGCAGUUUCAGAAACAGGGAGUUGCGUUUUGCAAACCAGAAACCUUCCAGAAAGAGACUAUUUUUAAAUUUAAACAAUUAAGCAAACAUUUUUUCUUGUCGACACUUUGCAUAAACAUUUAAAGAAAUGUCAGACGAAACAUUUAAUAAUUCACAGUCCAACAGAGUGAUUCAAGCGGAAUCAAUCAGACUGCAUACGGUUUUGAAGAUUGAAAUGCCUAACUGUAGGGAGCUUCAAAUGAAAAUUGAACAACUCCAGUUGGAGUUGAGCACCCUAAAGCUCAAAAAGAAUUAUUAUAAAGAUAAUUUCCAUCGGUCAAGAGAUGAGCUUAAACACAUGAAGGUUCAGGCUGAAAAAAAACAGACACAGGUGGAAUCUCUGGAGGCUAAAAUCCAGGAACAGGAAAAGAACAUUCAGACAAUGCACCAUGACUUUUUGGAAAAGGAAGAAUCUCUCAUUGAGCAGAACAGCAGCAUUGCUGCUGAGUUGUCUCAGAUCGAAAGUGAGAGAAACGAACAAAAGAAAGAGAACGCAGAUCUCAAGGACGCUUUAGAGAGACUUGAGCAACAAGUGAGAGAAGCUCACCAUAAAAUAACAAAAAAAGAAGAGAUAAUAGAAAAACAAAAUAGAGAAAUAUGCAAUCUCCGAUGUCAGGUGAGACAGGCUAAGGUCGAAAAACAGUCACAGGUGGAAUCUCUGGAGGCUAAAAUCCAGGAACAGCAAAAGAACAUUCAGACAAUGCACCAUGACUUUUUGGAAAAGGAAGAAUCUCUCAUUGAGCAGAACAGCAGCAUUGCUGCUGAGUUGUCUCAGAUCGAAAGUGAGAGAAACGAACAAAAGAAAGAGAACGCAGAUCUCAAGGACGCUUUAGAGAGACUUGAGCAACAAGUGAGAGAAGCUCACCAUAAAAUAACAAAAAAAGAAGAGAUAAUAGAAAAACAAAAUAGGGAAAUAUGCAAUCUCCAAUGUCAGGUGAGACAGGCUAAGGUCGAAAAACAGUCACAGGUGGAAUCUCUGGAGGCUAAAAUCCAGGAACAGCAAAGAACAUUCAGACAAUGCACCAUGACUUUUUGGAAAAGGAAGAAUCUCUCAUUGAGCAGAACAGCAGCAUUGCUGCUGAGUUGUCUCAGAUCGAAAGUGAGAGAAACGAACAAAAGAAAGAGAACGCAGAUCUCAAGGACGCUUUAGAGAGACUUGAGCAACAAGUGAGAGAAGCUCACCAUAAAAUAACAAAAAAAGAAGAGAUAAUAGAAAAACAAAAUAGGGAAAUAUGCAAUCUCCAAUGUCAGGUGAGACAGGCUAAGGUCGAAAAACAGUCACAGAAUCUUGCUCCUGAACCUGAGGAGCUUGUUUCUUCAGUCUCAGAAGCAUCUCCUGAUGUGGUCCCAACACAGGAGAAUCUUGCUCCUGAACCUGAGGAGGUUGUUUCUCCAGUUUCAGAACCAUCUACUGAUGUGGUCCCGACACAGGAGAAUCUUGCUCCUCAACCUGAAGAGCUUGAUUCUCCUGUCUCAGAACCAUCUCCUGACAUGGUUCCAACUAGUGGUUCAUGGCAUCAUGGUGCCAAAUGCCUACUUAAAAUAGGUUUAGGUGUUGCCGCAGCAGGCCUUAUUAUACCUGCAGCUUACUGGGCCUUUUCAAUGUUUAACAGCAAUUGCGUAUUUGCCUCUGCCUCUAGCCUCCUUGAGCCAUUUUGCUACCUUAAUGAUGGAUCAGUUCCCUUUUAAAGACCAGUAAUGAUGGACUGCUUUUCAUCCACAGUCCAGAAAACCAUAUGUUGUUCAUGUUAGACAACGUGAGCAACAUAUAGCUAACUUGUGCUCUCAUUUUUCUUUUCUUUUGCCUCUCACCCCCCAACCAGUCGUGACAGAUGGCUGCCCCUUCCUGAGCCUGGUUCUGUCAAAGGUUUCUUCCUGUUAAAAUGGAGUUUUUCCUUUCCACCGUGCCUAGUGCUUGCUCAUAGGGGGAUCAUUUGAUUGUUGGGGUUUAAUUGCCUUGAACUAAAGAACUUACAAACUCUGGUGAGGGGUUCACACUACAAAAGCUACAAAUAAAAAAAAACAAACAAAAAAAACCCAAAUUUGUUAGCAGCAAAAAAAAAAAUAAAAAAAUUUGUUAGCAGCAAAUCAAAAUAAAGAAAACAAUUUUUGAAAAACAUCUCUUACGGCUCUGUUUAUUUACCUAAAUGAACACUUGUAUUUUCUGUCAUAGAAGAAUAUACAUUGUCCAAAGUGUCUGAUAAUUUUAAAUUUAGCACUGCACUGCAUGAGAUAAACUGUGGCACAGACAGCUGUCAGCCUGGUGAGGGAGAGUUCCUCUUCAACCUCCAAACUGAACGCAGUUUGUUACUCGCAGCAUUGCAAAUUUAGACAGCAAUUUCUUAGAGUCUGGUUUAAGUCCUGAAAUGACAUCUCCUUAACAGCAUAGAAGCAUCCCACCGAGCAUCCACAGUCAUUACAUUGUAUGUAGACUGUAUGUGAAAAAAAGAAAAAAAAACCCAGAAAGCUAAAUAAGAAAUGCUUCUAAGCAGUAGAAGGUUGUUGACAGUAGCAAGCUACAGGUCUCUCAAUAUCUCUCAAUAUUGCUCUCCCUGAGAACCCUGUGCACAGCUAGGUUUAAGGUAUUCUCAGGUAUUAGAAUUCAACACAUUUAAGUAUAGUGACAUAAGUAAGUUGAUGGUUCAGGUCACCUCCUGCAGCUUGCUGGAAUUCUUGUCUGGAUUGCCUGGGCUUAAACACUUGCUUAGUUGGCAACAAGUUAUCAAGUUAGUGGGUCACCUGAGACACGCUUUGUCUAAUUCAUUGCAGUAUUUUGCCAUUCUCAGUGAGAGAGGAGAGGCUGCUAUAAGUGGGUUUUGCUAACAAUGUCCCGGGGGUACACGCUGCAGUUUCGUCAUCGAUCCCACCCUUUUCAGAGAAAGUGACUUCUGUCACACUCUGUGAAGACCCUGUGCUUGUCAUAGGAAAUAUGCUACUGGGCAAAAGGGCUAUCACAAUAGUGCAAUCAGAGAUAACGAACAAGGGAUUUUAUUCCACUUACUUCUUGAUUUCAGAUACUAUAUCAAUGUCCUGCAGACCAUCACUCCAGGAGAGUGGUUCACCUUAGUAGUCCUCAAUGACGCUUACUUCCAUGUGCCAGUUCAUUUUGAACACACAAGGUUUCUGCAUUUCACCUUUUGGGAAGUGUACAUCAGUUUGCUAUCCGUUGGAUUUUUAAUAACUCCAAUAAGUAAGAAAGGAAAUUCUAGUCUGAAUGUACUGUUUUUUGCAUCGCACAGUUACUUUUUUGUGACGCAACUGUGAGUAACUGUGCGUCACAAUACAAUAUUUUAUGACGUAAUGUUUUUUAAAAAGUAGAACGAUACAAUCCUUGUAAGUUAAAGAAUCGGAACGCUUUUCUUGCUUCUGGUCGUACGGACGUUUUAGAGUGCAACACAAAGGAGUCACGCUUGCAAGAUAUCAACACUGACGGUACAGGUUUUUGUGUGUUUGCUGAUAAGCAGUGGAGUAAACCAUGGAGGUCCUGGGAGGACAGUUUAGCGACCUGACUCCACAGGAGCUGGUGGCUCCUGUUAACACCGUAGCUG